CAAGGCUGCGGUUGUCGGGUGGAAAGCGGACGCGAGGGUUUGGAGGACAUUGCGCUCCAGGCUCCAGGGUGGGGGAAACUGAGGCCGCAAGAGGAGAGAACGGGACCUGACCCCGGGACCCUGGCCCUGGGCCCUUCUUCGUUUCUGCGGCAGGGCUGCCCAGAGCCCUGCGCAUCCCAGCCGGGCAAUGCCAAGCGCCCACACCCACCAGUGGUCUACGUCCUCAUCGGGGUUUUAGGAGAGGCAGGGUUGGAGCCGGAUAGCCUGCAAGGAGGACUCACUGGUCAAGGCCCAAAGACUGUCUGCGAGUGCCUCCCGGCUGGAAAGCAGCUCACUGCGAUGUCCCGCCGAAGACUAGUCCUGAGCCUGGGGUUAAUUGUGCUGGCCAGCACAGGCCUCUGGGCCCUGUGGGUGUACAUAGAGAACUGGCUGCCCGUCUCGCAUGUGCCCUACUACCUCCCCUGUCCAGAGAUCUUCAACAUGAAGCUGCAGUACAAAGGGGAGAAGCCGCUGCCGCCAGUGACCCAGGCCCAAUACCCUCAGCCCAGGCUGACACAGCACAGGCCCACGGAGCUCCUGACACUCACGCCCUGGUUGGCACCCAUCGUCUCCGAGGGAACCUUUGACCCAGAACUGCUGCAGCACAUCUACCAGCCGCUGAACCUGAGCAUCGGCGUCACGGUGUUUGCCGUGGGCAAGUACACCCGGUUCGUGCAGCACUUCCUGGAGUCGGCGGAGGAGUUCUUCAUGCGCGGCUUCCAGGUGCACUACUAUGUCUUCACCCACGACCCCGCAGCCAUUCCCAGGGUCCUGCUCGGCCCCCGUCGGCUCCUGGACAUCAUCCCCAUCCACGGCUAUACCCACUGGGAGGAGAUCAGCAUGCGCCGGAUGGAGGCCAUCAGCCGGCACAUCGCCAAGAAGGCGCACCAGGAGGUGGACUAUCUCUUCUGCCUUGACGUGGACAUGGUGUUCCACAACCCGUGGGGCCCCGAGACCUUGGGGGACCUGGUGGCUGCCAUUCACCCAGGCUAUUUCACUGUCUCCCGCCGCCAGUUCCCUUAUGAGCGCAGGCAGAUUUCCACGGCCUUUGUAGCUGAAAACGAAGGGGACUUCUAUUAUGGUGGGGCAGUCUUCGGGGGUCGAGUGGCCAACGUGUACGAGUUUACCAGGGGCUGCCACAUGGCCAUCCUGGCGGACAAAGCCAACGGCAUUAUGGCGGCCUGGCAGGAGGAAAGCCACCUGAACCGCCGUCUCAUCACGCACAAGCCGUCCAAGGUGCUGUCUCCCGAGUACCUCUGGGAUGACAGGAAGCCGGUGCCAUCCAGCCUGAAGCUGAUCCGCUUUUCCACAUUGCUCAAGGACACCAACUGGCUGAGGAGCUGACAGCAGAGCCUGGGCCACCCAGCCCCCAGCCUGGUCUAAGCUUUAGGUGGGGACCAGCCCCAUCCCGCCUACCUCUGUCUGUUUCAGGAGUCCAGCAGGAGAAAGGGCACGGAGAGGUGGCUGUCAGCUGGAAAGGGCUGCACACCCACACCGACACCCACAUGGUGAUCUGGCAGAAGAUGACUGGCCAGGAGGAGGAGAUGUGAGGGUAUAAAAGCCGGGGCCUGGCAUGCUUCCCCGGCCAGGACACCUGCCUCCAGGGGUAGCGCUAGAGGCCCAGCCCUACUCAAAGUGCCUGAGGCCCUGCUGCUGCCCCCUUUGUGGCACAGUUGACUUGAAAAUGCACUCAGACCCCUGUACGGACAGCGGCCAGGACCCCUUGUCUCUGGCUGCAGCGGUUCUGGCUAUUGUGAUGGUGCUCAGCCACAGAUCUGCCAGACAGCCAGUCCUGCCCUCAUGAGGACCCAGGGCCAGCCUCUGGCAUGGACCUAGCCUCGAGUAGGAGUCCAGAUGCCUCCUUCAUGCUUGACAGUGUUUGAGGUGGUUUUCAAUAAAAGUGGUGUAGGCAACGGG